AUGGUCAAGAUCCCUCCGUUCGACGUUGAGCAAUGGAUGGACAAGUAUGAGACCACACCAGGUGUUCUCAACAUUGCCGAAACAUGCUGUUCUUCGAUAUCAGUAGAUGCCCUUCAAAGGCUCAACAAGCGGCAAGAUGCGCCUCCACCAGUCGAUUUCUCAAGACCGAUGACGUAUGGCGCGAUCUUGGGCUCGGCUGAGCUUCGCCAGAACAUUGCCAGCCAGUACGACAGCGCAGGGAGCUCUGGAGAAGUGCACCCGGAUUCGGUCAUUGUCACGCAGGGUGCUAUCGCGGCGAAUCACCUGGUUUUUUACAGUCUCGUGGGCCCGGGCGAUCAUGUGGUCUGCGUCUUUCCAACCUACCAGCAGCUCUAUGCUGUCCCUGAGAGCCUAGGUGCUGAGGUAUCAUUGUGGGAACUCAAAGCCGAGGAUGGGUUCGUACCCGACGUCAAGGCGCUUCGGGGGCUUAUCAAAAGCAACACGAAGAUGAUUGUCAUCAACAACCCUAACAACCCAACUGGAGCGACUAUACCCACGGAAACUCUGAAGCAGAUAAUUGAGGUAGCGCGCGAAAAAGGCAUCAUUGUCUUCGCCGACGAGGUCUACCGGCCGCUCUACCACAGUCUUGACGCUGACAAGAUCCCGCCCUCUGCCCUUUCGCUCGGUUAUGAGAAGGUUGUCGUCACGUCGUCGAUGUCCAAGGCCUGGGCCCUGGCUGGGAUUCGUGUGGGCUGGAUCGCAUCGCAGGAUCCCAGUAUCAUCGAGAAGGUUGCUUUGGUUCGGGAUUACACCACCAUUAGUGUAUCGCAGAUCGAUGACCAAGUGGCGCGUUAUGCGCUCAGCCCAGAUGUCAGGCCGCAGCUGAUAGCUCGAAACCUAGAGCUCUCGAAGAAGAACUUGGCGUUGGUGGAUCAGUUUAUCCAGGGUCACCAGGACGUCGUCUCGUGGGUGAAGCCGACAGCAGGCACCACAGCCUUUGUGCAGUUCAAGAAGAACGGCAAGCCCGUCGACGAUGAGAAGUUCUGUCUCGAUGUUCUGGAGAAGACAAAAGUGAUGUUCCUACCUGGAUCCAAGUGUUUCGGGCAUGGAAAGGGGUUCCAGGGGUAUGUCCGGAUUGGGUAUGUGCAAGAGACAGGGGUGCUGCAGGAGGCACUGGAGCAACUGAGCGCAUAUGUCAAGGAAAACCUUGCAUGA